UACCGACAGCGUAAGAAAGAAAGACGGUCACUGCGCGUUCUUUUUUUUCUCUGAACUCUGAAACUAGCACAGAACUUCUAAACCAACCAAGAGUCAAAUUGAAGCGAAAAGCCAACAACGACGAAAUGCAAUUUACGUAAAUCGGAAAUACAACAACAAGGGGUGCGUGAACUCAAAAGGGCAUACGGGCUCCUCGAAUUGAAUUGGUUGAAGCGGACUGAACUGUCUUUUCGUGAAAAAAAUUGCAGAAAAAACUAAAAUCGGGAGCAGUGUAAAUUUGUGUACACAGAUUUGAUUUUUUUUUAAACUAAAUAAAUAAAAUAAAAUUUAUGUUGCAAGUAAACACAACAUGAUGUUUAGAAUUGAAAUAGCUGCAAAUUAAAGUGUUACAUAUUCACCGAAGAGAAAAAUUAAAAAAAAAGAAAAAUGAUGAAAACAUUUGCCGUCGCUAAAGCAAAGUCGAUGGCAGUGUGACGUUCAAGAAAAUCCAAAAUGUGUGUUAAAACUUAAGUGCAAAAGAUCCAAAGCAGAGAACCUGUGCCUUCAAAAAAAUAAAACAGAAUUAUGUGCCUUUAAUGAGUCUCUAUCGGACCACCGGAGAAACCGGCAAAACAAAAAAUCAACGUCCUUGUGCCAUUUCAAAAUCCAAAUUCAGAAAUCACUGAAAUUAUUUACACAUGUAUUACACAUGCAUUCAUACAUAUACAUGUACAUACAUACAUAUAUUGAUUGUUCCGUAGUGAGAUUACUUCUGUGAAAGCGAAAGCAAAUUUUAAAGUUUGUUUCUCAAAAAAAAAAAGAGAAUAUAACGAGAAGGGUUAAGGAUAUUUCUGAUCCCAUCCGUCCACUGAAGAGGAAUUAGUUUUACCAAACUCUGCGCAAGUUUAACGAGAUUCGCUUAAAUGCAUACGGAUAUACUGAUUGGUGAUCAAUUUGCAGCUUCAACUAAUUACUGGGUAAUGCAGUCUCCCGAAUUGGAUUAUCGGCAUGAGCUGAUGGGACGUUUGCAUAAAAUCGAACCAGAUGUGGAAUUGGAAGUACUGACAACCACAGCCACGGGGACACAUCACCACCAUCUGCAUCACCAUCACCAUCAUCAUCACAGCUUGAGUCACCUGCCGCACCAACAAGAACAUCAUCAGCAACAAUCCUACGAAUCACUGCAUGGCUAUGACAAUAGCAGCAAUCAACACUUCCAACAGCAAUUGUCGGGCGGCAACAAUGCCAACAAUAGCAGCAGCAAUGGCAGUGGCACCACCACUGGCAGCAACAGUAGCAAUAGCAGUGGCAGCAGCAGAAGUGGCAGCUGUGCGACAUCGGCCAGCAAUCACCUGAACGAUCAGUGGCACUCGAGCGCAGGCAGCAGCAAUCAUGAUCAGUCAUCUGCGUAUCCAGGCACAUCUCAUUCAACAGUGGGUUCCACGGCAACCACCACCAUUGCCGUGCCCACACCCACCGCCGUUAUGGAGCAGCAUCCUAACCGAUCACCUCAACACUCAGUAUCAGCAACAGCAACACCCGCCACCACAUUCAACUACGAUGCCACCAAUCCUUACUACACCCCAGCUUCGGCUGACGACAAAGAAUAUCUAUUCGACACCAAAAAUAAAGAGGCUCUUUGCAAUACCUACACUACCAUGGAUGAUCCAUAUGUUGUUCGGCCUGCCCUGUGGGAGGAAAUAGCUAGCUCAAUACAAAAUAUCGAUCCUGAAAAUGCUCCGAUCUUAGGCUCAAGCAGUGCAUCAGCAACUACCAACCUAAAUAGCAUCUCACAUCACCAUCCCCAUCAUCAUCAGACUAGCCCCAUGGGCAAUACCACACCAUCCGCGGUGGCAGGAGCGGCAAAUGCUCUAAUGCCACAAGUCAAAAUGGAAGCAAUCGAUGACUCACUACUGGAGACUUUGUCAACCCCAUUGCUCAGUCCGCUGGAGAUUAAAAAAGAGAAUGUUUCGAAUAGUCUGACUAUGGCGACGACGCUAACAGCUCCCCAACCUCACACUCCCACGCAGCAGUACUACCAGCAACAUAGCGGCUACAGCAAUCCAGCACAACAGCAUGACCAGCACCAGCAUUCACUGCACCACCACCAACAGCAGUUGCAUCAUUUGCAGCAAUCACAGCAUUUGUAUCAGCAUCAUCCCAGUUUGACGACGGAGGAAGGCCAACACUAUGUAGUCACCAUUUAUCCGAAUCAACAUUCCCAGCAGACGCAGGCCCAAUCUCACCCGCACCAACAGCAUCCAGUCUUACACAGCAAUAGCAAUAGUCCAAAUCAAUCGAAUCGAUGCAGUAGUACGGCCAGCAGUCACAAUGCUGAACUAGGCGUAGGAGGUGGUAGUGGUGGCGGAAGUGGAAGUGGCGAGGCUUCAUCUAACCUUUUGACCUUGAAUGGAACUACGGACCAUUUAGGAGCCUAUCAGCCAUACGGUCAUAGUUACCACAGUGAUAACAACAUAAGUGUAGCAACAACACAGGCUCAAAAUCACCCUCACUCCCAUGCCCAUUUCCAGCAUGUCGCCUCGCAUCAGCAGCAGCAGCAGCAUCACCAUCAUCAACAUUCUAUAUCAUCAAAAGCACAUAGCCAUCAGCAUAACCCUCCCCAUGGGCAACAGCAUCAGCAACAUUCGUCGCCAGCAUUGGGCUCGCAUAACUCAACGACACCAACUGCCACGGCUGGCCUGCAGAACAUAAAAACUCUCAACACCAGCAGCACCAACAACAGCAACAGCAACAGCAAUUCCAAUAACAACAGUAAUUAUACGACAACAACAAGUGCAGCAUACCCAUGGCACAGCACACAGCCUUUCCAUAGCAAAUACCAAAUACCGGCUCCGCCUCCGCCAACCCCCCACAGUGCCAUGCAAAAUCUUCAUCUGUGUCCACCUGCUGCCAUACCGCCAAACCAAACCCAAACAAGCAGUGGUGGUGGGGUAGCAGGGGCCAACGGUAAUGCGCGACACAUGUUUGUACCACCUUUAACACCUCCUAGUUCUGAUCCCGGAAGUCCGGGUAGUUCAAUGGCGGCUGCGGCAGUGCAUGCCGCUGUCACCCAACAACAGCAACACCAUCAGCAGCAGCAGCAGCAAACUCGUCGAACAACACCACCUCCGCCAUAUCAGCAGCAACAGUUACAGCAGCUUUCCCAACAGCAGGGUCAUCCACUUUCCUCCAUCUGUCCGAACAGCUUAAAUCUGCAUUCUGGUUCUACGCCGUCAGCGGCAGGCCUUCUAUUGAGUCCGGGUCGCAAUCUAACCGCAUUGGGCCACAGCAACAACACAUCGGUGUUGGCGAAUUCAACGGCCAAUGGCAGUGCCGCCAAUCACUCAACGCCAACCAACGCUCACAAUAGCUCAAGCUCAAGGGGCGGUGGUAAUUCAGCAGCCACAACACCUGCUCAUUUGGCCAAUCUCAUAGUGCCAACGGUGCGAACUGUGCGCUACAAUCGCCGCAAUAAUCCCGAAUUGGAGAAGAGGCGGAUACAUCACUGUGAUUAUGUGGGUUGUACAAAAGUCUAUACCAAAAGUUCACAUUUGAAAGCACACCAAAGGAUACAUACAGGAGAAAAGCCUUACACCUGCCAAUGGCCGGAAUGUGAAUGGCGAUUUGCACGGUCGGAUGAGUUGACACGACACUAUCGCAAGCAUACUGGAGCUAAACCCUUCAAGUGUAUCGUGUGUGAGCGUAGCUUUGCACGCAGUGAUCACUUGGCGCUGCACAUGAAGCGACAUUUGCCAAAAAACAAAUAGAAAACUGCAAAGAGGAAAGUCAGUGUCACAGCCGGCCCAAUGUCCUGCUCCCCUGCAACGAUGGCACCCACUAGGUGAAAUGCUUACAUGAAUGAUGUUCAUACCUAGUACUCAUAUAUGCAAUUAGGUACAUUCCUACCGUGUGUAUGAAAAACAACAAAUCAACAAUCCAAAGGACUUUAGUUUAUGUUAAAUUAUGGUUAUUCAUAAGAUUCUAAUGUGUAAUGAGAUAACAAUCAAAUUUUCACAAACAAACUGACAAAGAAAAGCAAAGAAAAAAACAAAACAAAGAUCAAUUCGAUGUAGAGAAAAUGUAUGCGUUACUUUUUCGUAUGUGAAAAUCAUGUUUGCCAUAAUCCUCCUGCUGCUCCUCCGAUAACAUUCCUCCCGCACACCAUUAUGUUUCCUAAACUAUGUAUAAUAAUUUAAUUUAGUUCCAUACAUCAGCAAUUAUCGAGGACACACCUAACCCUCUUUUAAAGCAUUGUAAAUUUCAAACUUCCCACACAUAGUCUUGUUUAUUGAAAUGUUCGAUAUGUUUCUAUUAACACACAAACACACACACACUCUCUCUCUCUCUCACUUUCUUUCUCUCAUUCACACACACACUUUUAAUAAAGCCUUACUCAAUUAAUUACAAUUAGAAUUCGAAUUAGUCGUCCUCUUUCGAAAGCAAAAGGAAAAGUAAUUCAAGUGUCUUUAAGCGAAACCAGUGUCUUAUUGUAAAAGUAGUAGUCUAAGAGAACCAGUGUAAUUUAUACCUACAUAUUGAAAUGUUUAAACAAAUCUUAAUAACAACAACUAUAAUAGCGAUAGUUAUUUAAUGCAUGCAAAUCUAUUUAAAUUUUAAAAACUCUACUCGAUGUACUUAGGCGAAAAGGAUAUGUAAAAGUAAUUAAUUUUAAAUGUGCUGAGAAGAAAAUAGAAAAUCCAAAAAUAAUUGAAUUCAAAAACAAAAAACAAACAAUCCACCAAAGUGCUGGCACAAAACAUUAAUAAACCGAUUUGAAAGUCAUAAA